AUGGUGGCUUUGAAAUACAGGAAUCAAUUUCAGCGGCCGGAGAGUUAUGUUUGCUCAAGAUGCAAACACUUUGUGGCCUCAGGAACCGAUGACGCUGUUGAUUGUGGACACGAGGCGGAUUGGACAACAAGGGAAUCGACUUUCCCAAAGCGAAGCUCUGAAGAACCGCAGCUUUGGGUUGUCAUGGUGCAUUUAUGA